AUGGGCAUGGGCAUGGGGGGUGUCGAAGGUACACUACAACUCUUUGGGAGUUUGGUCCCGCAGCCUACGUCCAUGUCCAAUGAGAUGGACGUCAUUCACCCAUCCCGGCGAACGCGACACCAAGGAUAUAGUCAAACAACAAAACGGGCUUUCAUCAUGGCGCAUGUGCUCUCGCAAGACCCCGGUGCUCGCGAGCACGAUCUCGGCUUCAACAAGGGCGAUAUCAAGGAUGGCUACACUACCCGACCCUCCCGUUCCGACGAUGGCGGUGCCGAUAACAUGCUCGAGUCUCUGGGUUACAAGCCCGAGCUGGAGCGUAAUCGCUCAACGCUGCAGGUUGCCUUCAUGUCCUUCGUCCUCGCUGCUAUCCCCUACGGUCUUGCCACUACCAUGAUCUACCCCUUGGCUGGCGGUGGCCCUGUGAACAUUAUCUGGGGAUGGCUCGGCGUGUCUUUGAUCAUCAUCUGUGUCGCUGCCUCGCUCGGUGAAAUCACCAGUGUCUACCCUACUGCCGGAGGUGUCUACUACCAAGCCUUCAUGCUUUCCUCUCCCAAGUACCGCCGCGUGGCCAGCUGGAUUUGCGGCUGGUUGUACGUGGUGGGAAACAUUACCAUCACUCUGGCCGUGAACUUUGGAACUGCUCUGUUCAUCGUCGCAUGCGUCAACGUUUUCGAGUCGGAACCUGGUGUCGGCGUCCUUGCUGGCGAGCCGUACCAGGUUUUCCUCAUCUUCCUGGGUUUGACCUUCAUUUGCAACAUUGUGUCCUCGCUCGGCAACAGGUGGCUGCCCAUCCUUGAUUCCGCGGCUAUUUUCUGGACAUUCGCUGGUGUCUUCGCCAUCAUCAUCUCCGUCCUCGUCGUCGCCAAGAACGGCCGUCACGAUGCCAAAUACGUCUUCACCCACUUCGAGGCCAACUCCGGAUGGCCCGAUGGAUGGUCUUUCUGCGUCGGUCUCCUUCACGCCGGAUACGCCACUUCGUCCACUGGCAUGGUUAUCUCCAUGUGCGAGGAGGUCAAGAAGCCCGCUACUCAGGUCCCUAAGGCACUCGUCCUCACCGUCUGCCUCAACACCCUGGCCGGUCUCCUGUUCCUUAUCCCUCUCGUCUUCGUGCUCCCCGACAUCACCUAUUUGAUCAACCUGGCUUCCGGUCAGCCCGUCCCCGCCAUCGUCAAGGACGCCAUGGGAACAUCCGGCGGUGCCUUCGGACUCCUCUUUCCUCUCAUUGUCCUGGCCAUCCUUUGCGGUAUCGGCUGCACCACCGCCGCCUCUCGUUGCACCUGGGCCUUCGCUCGUGAUGGUGCCAUCCCUGGCUCCCGCUGGUGGAAGGAGGUCCACCCCAAGCUGGACGUUCCCCUGAACGCCAUGAUGCUCAGCAUGGUUGUCCAGAUCAUUCUCGGUGUCAUCUACUUCGGCUCCAGCGCUGCUUUCAACGCCUUCUCCGGUGUUGGUGUCAUUUGCUUGACUGCCUCGUACGCCAUUCCCAUCGGUAUCAGUCUCUUCAACGGCCGCACCCACCUUGUCGGCAGCCCCUUCAACCUCGGCAAGUUUGGUGUCGCCGCCAACGUCAUAUCUCUCGCCUGGUCUGCUCUUGCCAUGCCCUUGUUCUGCAUGCCCACCUUCGUUCCCGUCACCCCCACGACCAUCAACUACGCGCCCGCCGUCUUCGUCGCCGCCUGCCUCAUUUCCGGUGGAUGGUACUUUGCCUGGGGCAAGAAGAACUACGCCGGGCCCCCUACCAACGAGGAGCCUGCUUUCUAA